UUUCAUUUGAGGACUUGUUGGGUAAUACAUGCAGUUGCACCGUUGGUGUUUGAAUUUAGUUAUAGUUUUGAAUGUAUAUAUUCAGUUUCAAUUGCAGUGAGCCAUCCUAAUCCAAUCACAAUCUGAGCUCGAAAGCUCAAAAAAUAUAAUUUAGUUGAAGUUGAGGUAUGUAAGCAGUGAAUAAUAAAAUGCAGGCAUUCUUUGGUUGGACUGCUUACUUGUGACCUUAGCAACAGUGCACAUGCUUGAGAUGACUUGCCGUCUCCACAUCCUACCCCCCAACAAUGCCAAGCUGAUGUACCAAUCAAAGGCCAUGCUGCUUUAUAUAUAUAUAUAUAUAUAUCCUGCAAUCAGAAUGAGAAAGCAGUGCUGGAAUUAUUGGUUAAUUGAGCACAGGAAAUUAAUAUGGACGAGAAGUUUGAAUCAAAAGGAAGAGUAUGCGUGACAGGUGCUUCUGGUUUUAUCGCUUCUUGGUUGAUCAAGAGACUUCUCUUGUCUGGGUAUCGUGUCAUUGGAAUAGUUAGGGACCCUGGAAACAAUGAGAAAUUGCGGCAUCUGUGGAGGCUGGAAGGAGCCAAGGAGAGACUUGAGUUGGUGAGGGCUGAUCUAAUGGAGGAGGGCAGGUUUGACGACGCAAUCAUGGGAUGUCAUGGUGUCUUCCAUAUUGCUUCCCCUGUUUUGGGCCAACCAUCUUCUGAUCCAAAGGCUGAAAUCUUGAUACCUGCAAUUGAGGGUACAUUGAACAUAUUGAGUUCAUGUAAGAAGAAUCCAUCAUUAAAGCGAGUGAUUCUCACCUCAUCUUCUUCAACUGUAAGGGCAAGAGAUGAUUUCGACCCAAAUGUGCCUUUGGAUGAAUCAUCUUGGAGUUCUGUGGAGCUCUGCGAAAGACUCCAGAUUUGGUAUGCUUUAUCAAAAACCCUGGCUGAGAGGACUGCGUGGGAGUUCUGCAAAGAUAACAAGAUUGAUCUGGUGACCGUUCUCCCCUCAUUUGUUGUUGGACCUAGUUUGUCACCUCAUUUGUGUACUACCGCAUCUGAUGUCCUCGGCUUGCUUGAAGGUAGUAAUUAAUGCAUUCCCCUGUUGCUGACCAACUCGCUAGCUCGUUGCUAUUUUUCUCCACUUUCAAAAGUUCAGUCAGUGGCGUUAAGGAAUGUUAUCUUGUUACUUGUAUUUGUAACCAAACUGGAGUUUGGAAGCACACUAAUUUACUUAUUUGACUUACAGUUUGGUUGUGUUUGAUCUUUCGAAUAAACAAAUAGGAAAGACUGAGAAAUUUCAUUGCCAUGGAAGGAUGGGAUAUGUGCACAUUGAUGAUGUAGCACUCUGCCACAUCCUUGUUUAUGAGCAUGAAAAUGCACAUGGACGAUACCUUUGUAGCUCAAUUGUUGUCGACAAUAAUGAGCUUGUUUCCGUGUUGUCUCGACGCUAUCCAACAUUGUCCAUUCCCAAGAGGUUGGCAUUGUUUUCUCAGUAAAGAUUAAUGUUAUCAACAUUAAACUGUUCUAUUUUAGAUUAUUAGUUUGUAAAACCUUUCAUUGCUCUUGUAAUAUUGAUGU